CAUUCAUCAUGGCUGUAGUGGAAACACUUCUCCUGCACGUUUCCACCACAGGUGCUUUGCUCGCUGCUCUCCUGACGCUUUUGGUUAUUUAUCUGUUUUCCUUUGCCUCCAGAUCUCCGGAAGAAGAUAAAGAACCUCCAGGACCCAAACCGCUACCGCUGCUGGGAAACCUGCACCUUCUGGACCUCAAACAACUUCAUGUGAGCCUCUGGAAUUUAUCCAAGAAAUAUGGUUCCGUGUUCAAAGUGCAUUUGGGAUCCAAGAAGGUGGUGGUUCUGACCGGAUUCAAAGCAGUUAAACAAGCACUUGUGAACCAGGCUGAAGAUUUUGGCGAAAGAGACAUAACGCCUGUUUUUCAAGACAUAAAUGAAGGACACGGAAUCAUCUUUGCAAAUGGUGACACAUGGAAAGAGAUGAGAAGAUUUGCUCUUUCAACCCUUCGAGACUUUGGUAUGGGAAGGAAACUGAGCGAAGAGAAGAUUGCGGAAGAGACGCGGUAUCUGCGAGAAGUAUUCGAGGCGUUCCAAGGAAAUCCUUUUGAUACAACCCAACCAGUAAAUUAUGCCGUUUCCAACAUCAUCUCGGCUAUUGUUUAUGGAAAACGGUUCGAAUAUGACGACCCGAAAUUUACAAAGAUGGUGAACACGGCAAACCUGAACAUCCGCAUGCUCGGCUCCGCUGUCAUACAGAUCUAUAACAUGUGUCCAGCGCUUGGGCCUUUGCUGACGACUUGGAAACUGCUCAUGAAGAAUAUGGAGAGCAACAGGACAGAAAUGCAGGGGCUGGUGAACCGUUUACGAGAGACCUUAAACCCUACAGACUGCAGAGGAUUAGUCGACGCCUUCCUCAUCCGCAAACAAAGCAUAGAUGAAUCUGGAGAAAGCGAUUCCCAAUUCCACGAUCGGAACCUGCUCAUGACUGUGUCGAAUCUGUUUGCAGCUGGUACGGACACCACCGGCACGACGUUACGCUGGGCUCUGCUGCUCAUGGUCAAAUAUCCUCACAUACAAGAUCGGGUUCAUGAAGAAAUCGACAGGGUUCUGGCUGGACGUGAACCCGUUACAGAGGACAGGAAGAAUUUGCCGUACACAGACGCUGUGAUCCAUGAAACCCAGAGACUGGCCAACAUAGUGCCCUUGAAUCUGCCACAUAUGACCAGCUGUGAUGUUCACUUCAAUGGAUACAUCAUUAAGAAGGGGACUUGCGUUCUGCCGCUGCUGACGUCUGUUCUGAGGGACGAGAGCGAGUGGGAGACGCCCAACACUUUUAACCCUGCACACUUCCUCGAUGAGAAGGGUCAGCUGAAGAAACGAGAGGCCUUCAUGCCCUUCUCUGCAGGGCGCAGGGCGUGUUUAGGAGAGAGUUUGGCCAGGAUGGAGCUCUUUCUGUUUUUUACGUCCCUGCUUCAGCAUUUCCGCUUCACUUCUCCACCCGGAGUGUCUGAAGACGAGCUGGAUCUCACGCCAGUCGUGGGUCUCAUCUUAAACCCUUCACCUCACAAACUGUGUGCAGUCAGUAGGGCAGAACAAAAUACAACUACAGAAUAAUAACGAGUCAAAAUAUACAUUUUAUUUUUUUCAAAUUGGCACACAUUUUCAUUCCUUAUGGGUCUAAUUAUUGUAAAGAUAUUUGCUAUCAGCUGUUGGCUUUAAAGUCUGUGUAUUUUCAGUUGUUGUAGAAUGUAUGUUUCUUUACCAAGAUGCAAUAAAAUGUUGUUUAAAUCA